UAUCAUUCUACCUUCCCAUUUCACCAUGCUUGCGCUUAAAAUACGUGUAUAGGACGAACUGUUUAACCAUGUCUACGUUUUUAGAUUUAACAAUUUACGUUAUUCAGUCUCAUUACUUCGUAGAUAAUGCACUACCACGGAUACAAAUUAAACAUAUUAUUUUGUAAUAUUAACUUUAACAGAUAACGAGAAUAUUGUGUGUUUUUAAGAUUUCGCGUGACCAAUGACGUGCCGUUUAAUAAUUUUUUUAAAGUAAUUUUUUAGUUUCUCUCGUAUUAAAGUUGGUUAUAAUUUUCAUUUUUCAAAGUUCGAUGAUAAUACUACAUAUUUCUAUUGUUACCGUCGGCUGCCCCGAGGUAUUUUACUCUAUCAACGAUUGCAAACAUCGAUGCGCUUGAACAUUAAAGUAUGCACAAACAUGCUGUCAUUUGAGACCUUGAUGUAUCGAAUCUCUUCUCAAUAACCAUCGACAUGUCCUCAGUAUCUAUCUUGGACACCUUGUCCUUUACAGUUCUUUCUGUAAUAUUUAUUCCGUUUCUACUAUUUUUCCUCAGCAUCGUGUUAUUUGCAUAUAUUGGUAAAACGGUUGGUAUACAACGAAUUUAUGUGGAAUUCCUUUUAAAAGUAUUUGAGUAUGGAAGAGAAAAUCUAGAAAAACAAUCAAAAAAUAAAGUUAAAAAAAUUGAAGAAACUGAUAGUGAAGAAAUAGAGGAUAUUGAUGAUCUGGAUUUAGUGACUGAACAUAAUAUUGAUACAUUAAAUGAAUGCCUAACACUACCAGUGCCAAUAAACACAAAUGGAUCCAUCACUAGAAGUAAUUCAACACAUAGUUUAUCCAAUGGAAAUAUUGACAAGAAAAUACAAAAUGGAGCACCACCUUUAAUUAGCAGACAAGAUUUAAUAUUAGUUCCAGAUCCAGAUCAAAAUUAUAGUGGCAAUAAUAAUGUUAAAAAUGGAGGUAAACAAAUAUUACAAAGAACACGUUCAUUUAAUACUUUAAAAAGAGAAUUUGAACUUACUGAUGUACUUGAUUAUGUAAAAACUGGAGUUGAAGCAAUUAUUGAAGAUCAAGUUACUUCAAGAUUUGAAGCUGAAGAACUUAAGUCGUGGAAUCUGUUAACAAGAACAAAUAGACAUUAUGAGUUUAUCAAUUGGAAAAUAACUGUAAUUUGGUUCAUUGGAUUUAUUGUAAGAUAUACAAUUUUGUUGCCUUUGCGAGUAUUAAUCUGUUUUUUCGGGGUUAUUUUGUUUAGUUUAACAAUAUGUGUUAUUUGGUUGACUGUAAGGAAUGAAUUAGUACAGAAGUCAUUGAUAAAUGGUAUUUCUCGAUACAUUUUUAUAUUAUUUCAAUAUGCUAUGACAAUGGUCAUUAAUGUUCAUAAUCCACAGUGGAUUCCAAGGCAUAAUGGAAUCUGUGUAGCCAAUCAUACAUCACCAAUUGAUAUUGCUAUUCUAUUUGUUCACAAUUAUUAUAUUUUGGUUAUGUGGCUAUGGAUUUGUACAUUAAUUGUUGGUUUUAUACCUGAUAGUUUGGGUAAACGUUGGCUCAACCAAAAUGUAUCCAUUAUGUGUUUUCAAGUUUUAUCUGCUUCACUAUCUUCAGUCAUUACUUAUCAUAAUCGUGAAAACCUACCACAAAGAGGCAUUUGUGUUGCCAAUCAUACAUCUCCUGUUGACGUACUAGUGUUGGCAUGUGAUAACCCUUAUGCUCUGAUUGGGCAACGUCAUGGUGGAUUUUUAGGAAUCCUCCAAAGAGCAUUAGCUAGAGCUUCUCCUCAUUUAUGGUUUGAACGAUCUGAAGCUAAAGAUCGAGAAAUUGUUGCUAUGAGACUCCGAGAACAUGUAUCAAAUCCAAUAAAUCCUCCAAUAUUAGUAUUCCCUGAAGGAACAUGUAUCAAUAACACGUCAGUUAUGCAAUUCAAAAAGGGAAGUUUUGAAGUUGGUAGUGUUAUUUACCCUGUAGCUAUUAAAUAUGAUCCAAGGUUUGGAGAUGCAUUUUGGAAUAGUAGUAAAUAUUCAAUGCUUCAACACUUGUAUUUAAUGAUGACAUCUUGGGCAAUUGUUUGUGAUGUAUGGUACUUACCUCCAAUGUAUCAAAAUGAAAAUGAAUCUGGUGCAGAUUUUGCAAAUCGAGUAAAACGAGUCAUAGCAGAUCAAGGAGGUCUUGUAGAUCUAGUAUGGGACGGCCAACUUAAACGUUACAAACCAAAAAAAGAAUGGAAGGAGAGGCAACAAGAAGAAUUCAGUAAACGACUAAAAGUUGAAUAAUCAGAGCCUUUAUCAUUUUUGUUUAAUAUAAUGGUCAUAUAACAACGAAAAUUGGAAUUAUUGCCUAAUUGUCAUGACAUAAAAGAAGUGACCAAUCAAUAAGAACAAUACCUAGUCGUACAUAUAAUCACCAAAGUUUGUUAAUAUUUAUUUUAGGUUUAUAUAAACAAGUAGAUAUUAACUAAACUAUGUAAUCUUUUGUGAACUGUAAUACUUAUUUCGGUGUCAGUCGAUAAAUAUGGAUUCUAUCUGUGAUCUAAAUAAGCCUUUGAAUAAGAUUUUUUUAUUGUAUUUGAAGAUAUCUUAAAUUUAGAUAUUACUAAUUUUGAAAAAUAUUUAACUUUUC